ACCCUGCAAUCGACUUCUGCCCCUCCGCGGCGUGUGGAGCCUUCCUCAGACGGUGUAUUCUCGCAGUGUCAGAACCUCUGGCUGCAAUCCUCGGGGAGCGAUUGUUUUACUACACAGAGCAGGUCGGAGAAAGGACGAGUGUGGCGAAAAGGAGUGUGCAGAGCCGGCCCUGGUCCUCAGGGCCCAGGGCUCUGCAGAGCAGGGGCUCAGCUGAAGGGGUGUUAUACAACCCGCUCUUCUGCCCUCUUGCCUUUCGCUUUGCAUCCUGUCUCCCAGCACGACUCACUCAUCCCGGCGUCCAGGUCUUAUUUGGCAAAGGGAAGACAGUGGAGUAUGUGCAGGGGCUGCGUGGGAUGAGCUGUGCUUCCUCAGAGUGCCAGCCAUUGUGCUGCCUAGAAGAGCCUUUCUUUACUCGACAGAAGAGGGAGAGGAGGUCUGAAACGGAGGGAAACGGAUCUUGACAGUUGCCGUCAUUGUACUGCGGUGCCAGGAUGGAGGCCCCACUGGUGAGUCUGGAUGAAGAAUUUGAAGAUAUCAGGCCCUGCUGCACUGAGGACCCAGAGGAAAAGCCACAAAGUCUCUAUGGCACAUCUCCUCACCACCUGGAGGACCCUUCCCUCUCCGAGCUUGAGAAUUUUUCUUCCGAAAUAAUCAGCUUCAAGUCCAUGGAGGACCUCGUGAAUGAAUUUGAUGAGAAGCUCAAUGUCUGCUUUCGGAACUACAAUGCCAAGACCGAGAACCUGGCUCCAGUGAAGAACCAGUUGCAGAUCCAGGAGGAGGAGGAGACUCUUCGGGAUGAGGAGGUUUGGGAUGCUCUGACAGACAAUUACAUCCCUUCACUCUCAGAAGACUGGAGGGACCCAAACAUUGAAGCUCUGAAUGGCAACAGCUCUGACACCGAGAUCCACGAGAAGGAAGAAGAAGAUGAGUUCAUUGAGAAGAGUGAAAACGACUCUGGUAUCAAUGAGGAGCCUCUCCUCACAGCUGACCAGGUGAUUGAGGAGAUCGAAGAAAUGAUGCAGAACUCCCCAGAUCCUGAGGAGGAAGAGGAGGUGCUGGAAGAGGAGGAUGGAGGAGAAAUCUCAUCUCAGGCAGAUUCAGUCUUGCUACAAGAGAUGCAGGCCCUGACGCAGACCUUCAACAACAACUGGUCCUAUGAAGGGCUGAGACACAUGUCUGGGUCUGAGCUGACAGAGUUGCUGGACCAGGUGGAGGGUGCCAUCCGUGACUUCUCGGAGGAGCUGGUCCACCAGCUGGCCCGCAGAGAUGAGCUGGAGUUUGAGAAGGAAGUGAAGAACUCUUUCAUCACGGUGCUCAUUGAGGUUCAGAAUAAGCAGAAGGAGCAGCGGGAACUGAUGAAGAAGAGGCGGAAAGAGAAGGGGUUAAGCCUGCAGAGCAAUCGGAUAGAGAAGGGGAACCAGAUGCCUCUCAAGCGUUUCAGCAUGGAGGGCAUCUCCAACAUCCUGCAGAGCGGCAUCCGCCAGACCUUUGGCUCCUCAGGAGCCGACAGACAGUACCUGAACACGGUCAUCCCUUAUGAGAAGAAAUCUUCUCCUCCCUCUGUGGAAGACCUGCAGAUGCUGACAAACAUUCUCUUCGCCAUGAAGGAGGAUAACGAGAAGGUGCCUACUUUGCUAACGGACUACAUUUUAAAAGUGCUCUGUCCAACCUAACCUCACCUUUGGAGCAGCCUCACUGCAGGAAGUCACUGAGCAAGAAAGUCAUUCCAUCACUGGGAUUGCAUGACACCACGUAACCUCCGGCGUGUAUUUAAACGUGUAUAGCUUAACCUGGAUUAAACAUGAGCAACCGCGCACGUGCGCGGGGUCCUUUGCUGUUGGCUUCUAGUGCUAGUAACCAUUGGAUGCAUGAUCGGGCGUAGGGCCAGUGACUCUGCUCCCUCCAACCUGUGUUGGGGAAGACAGGUGCCCUCACCACUCAUUAUGUAGUUUGGCUCCAGCCCUCAACCCAGCUUAUACUCUUGAGACUAAUUUUGAAAUAAACCUUCAUUUAAUUAAUAUC